AAUUUUCUGUGAAGCUGAAGUGUUGUUAAAUUGAAUGGGAUGCUACAGUACUAAGGUUGAAUUUUCAGCAACUCACAGAAAAGAGACUAGACUAUUAUAAGUCAAAAAGCUUCAUCCAGCAUCGCCUUAUUUUUCAUCGGAUGACCCCUCUUUUUGUUGAAAAUUGCUAAUCGGAGGAAGAAAAUGGUGAUUGCCAAGACAGAUGAAGUGCAGGUCGAACUAAAGCCUGAAUAUGAUCGAACAAUUGAACUGAAAGCUUUUGAUGAUACAAAAGCUGGUGUAAAAGGUCUUGUUGAUGCUGGAAUUAAAGAGGUUCCUCGGAUAUUCCAACACCCGCCAGAUCAGUCUGAGAAGAUCUCAGUUUCAGGUGUCACGCAGGUUCGAAUUCCUGUCAUAGACCUUGAAGGCGUGAAGAAGGAUCCAGGAACUCGUCAGGAGAUUGUUGAGAAAGUCCGAGAUGCAUCGAAAACAUUGGGAUUCUUCCAAGUUGUGAAUCAUGGAAUUCCACUGAGUGUCCUGGAAGAGAUGAAGGAUGGUGCACGUAGGUUUUUUGAGCAAGAUUUGGAGGUCAAAAAGCAGUUCCACACUCGAGAUUAUACCAAAAGGGUGGCUUACAAUAGCAAUUUUGAUCUGUACAAUUCACCAGCAGCCAACUGGAGAGAUACAGUUUCCAGCCUUAUGGCUCCCGAUCCUCCCAUGCCAGAAGAGUUACCGGAAGUAUGCAGGGAUAUAAUGAUGGAGUAAUCAAAGCAAGUAAUGCAUUUGGGUUAUUUGCUGUUUGAGUUACUCUCGGAGGCUCUAGGGUUGCACCCUGAUCACCUGAGAGACAUGGAUUGUGCUAAAGGGCUCGUUAUGCUGUCACAUUAUUACCCCGCGUGCCCACGGCCAGAACUAACUCUGGGUGCAACCAAGCAUGCGGACAAUGACUUCCUCACGGUGCUUCUACAAGACCAUAUUGGUGGGCUCCAAGUUUUUCAUGAAAAUCAAUGGGUUGAUGUACCCCCAACUCCUGGAGCUCUUGUGAUUAACAUCGGAGAUCUACUACAGCUAAUAUCAAACGAUGCUUUUGUAAGUGUGGAGCAUAGAGUGCUGGCAAAUUCUGUGGGAGCAAGAGUAUCAGUGGCAUGCUUUUUCAGCACUUUUCUUCUGCCAGAUUUAAGACCUUAUGGACCUAUUAAGGAGCUGUUAUCAGAAGACAAUCCUCCAAAAUACAGGGAAACCACUGUGAGAGAAUAUGUUGAUUACGUCCAUGCAAAAGGCCUUGAUGGUACUUCUGCCCUGCCGCAUUUCAACUCUAAACUUGGCCAUGGAGAUGAAAUCAGCAAUAUCAGCAUGAUCUAAAUUAUAUAAUUUGGACUGUUUUCUGAAAAAUUUUGGUCAUAAUUACUAUGAUACUUGACCAAUUAAAAGGAAGUGAUGUUUAUCUAUAGAACUUAUGAACCUUAGCUUGUUGAGA